UUGUAAAAAAAAGGUAAACAAUACAAAGCUUUAUGAAUCGCUUGAUUUGGAGCGCAACGUGCACGCCAAAUCGAAUGACAGAUUUGGUUUUCCACUACACAGGCCGAACACCAACAAACUUAUUGCCGCAAAAACUCUCGCUGCGGACAGAAAACACUUCAAACAAUCUGCAUUACGUCACACGAAACCGUCAUCGACCACAAUGUCAGUGUUGCGCUUAAUCGGAGCUGAAAUCAUUUCUAUUUAUCGCCAAAGCGUACUUACGAUCGGCACUGGCCAAACACGAUCUCUCUCAACAUCCGCGUUCCAGCGACGUUCCACAAAGGCAGAAAAGGAGGCCACAGAAGAAACAACCACUAGCGAGGAACUCGAACAACAAGGAGAAGAAGGCGCAGCUACAUCAAAACAACCGAUUGAUGAUCCGAAAGAUCGUUCGCGAGUGAUACCGGUAGAGACGAGCAUUCGCUACCUUGCCAGCGACGCUUACCGGCAAACCUACCAGGAAGAUCCGGUGUGGAAACAAUACCGGCGUAAUCACAAAGGACCGUACCCACCGAAAUUGACGCGUAAAACUUGCAUACGCAAGGGUCGCAUCUCUACCGGCAAUCCUUGUCCGAUUUGUCGCGAUGAGUAUCUGGUGCUGGAUCACAAUAAUAUCGAUCUGCUGAAGCAGUUCAUUUCACCGCAAACGGGUGAAGUGUUGAGCUACCGGGUGACGGGGCUGUGUCAGAAGAAACACACACAACUGCUGGUAGCCGUAGAAAGGGCUAUGGACCGAGGAAUGCUUACAUUUGAUGUGCCGUUCCGAGAGUAUGAUUACAGUGAAUAUUUUCCAGCAAAGCAAAACAAUUCCUCCAAAUAGUAGGAAACCAGUGCUAGUGUGCUAUUAGUUUAAUAAGUGGCGCGUUUGAUUUAAAUUGCUGCUAUAGAGCGGUCAAACAAGCGUGUGGUAGUGUAGACAAAAAACAAACAUUUUAUUUGCGGUGCUGAAUAGAAACCAAUCGAACGUAACAUUAACACUCUGUCGUAUUUUCCAUAAAA